GACUCCGCAUCGCCCUGCUCCUCUCCGGGGUCUGGUCACUCCGAUGGUGUCAGCAGCGGCUCCCAGAGCGGCAUCACCCCGACCCGGCUCCUCUCAGGACCCCUCCUCCCCGCCUCCCCGCCGCGCGGGGAUCCCGCCCCUCCCCAGCCAACCGCCCUCGCCGCUGCCCAGAGGGAAGAGAGAACCCGUCGCCGCCUGAGCGCCGGCCGGCACGCGGGGGGCCUGUGACGCCACAAACGGCCUGGCCACGUGGGACACCCCCCGCCCCGCCUCGCUCUCCCCAGGCCACGCGACUAGACCCGCUUCUUCCGGCCCCUAGCCACGCCUGGCCGGCGAGGAGACCCGCUCCCGGGAGGAAGGUUCACCACCACAGAAAUAUACCAUAAUGUCCAACAAAUGUGACUUGUCUAAGGAAGAGAAAGUGUGGGUCAUAUGCCAUCUGCUGUAUCAGGCACCUCCAGGCGAAUUCUGCAGUGUUUUUGAAGAUCUCCGUAUUCUGGUCCAGGACGAUGACCUGAUGAGGCAAGAGGCUGCCCAGGUCUGUGCCCAUCACAAUAAGAACAAUUUCACCUUAGUCCGAAUAAAAGGAACCAAUGUGCUGGUGACUCGCUACAAUGACCUAGGAGGAAAUCGCUUUUUUGACCCUAAAAAUAAAUUUUCUUUCAAAUUUGAUCACUUGAGUGGAAUAUCAAACAAAUUUCAGCUCCAUAGGGUAGCAUGGGAUGAGACAGAGCUAUGGAGAACAGCCCUAAAUAGUGCUUUAAAGGCAUAUGUGAAUAGUCACUUUCCUUCAGGGGACUGCAGUGUGUUUAGAAAAACAUUGAAAAACAGGCAGAUAUUUGUGGUCUGUAUUGCGGGUCAUCAGUACAAACAGUUGGGUUUCUGGAAUUGCCUUUGGAAAGGUGAAUGGACUUUUUCCCAGGUUCCAGUUAUUACUCAGGUUACAGGGGCCAUUCAUAUGCAAGUACACUACUUUAAAGAUGCUAAUCUCCACAUGACAGUCUGCAAGACUGUUGAAGAGACCUUGCAUGUAAUUGACCCAGCCCAGUUGGCCAUAGAUUUUGUGAAACUCAUAAAAACUGAAGACAACAAAUUUCACAUUGCCAUGCUGGAAAACUUCCAAGCUUUGACAGAUGAAAUCUGGAGAAAAAUUCUACGAAGGCAGCUCCCAGUCACUUGCACUGUCAUUAACUGGAAUAAACUGCUGACCAAUCAGAGCAUGAAAGCCAAUAUUUCCAGUUGUGAGGUGCCACUGAGUGUCCUGAAGUGCACUGUUUGAGUAAAAUAUAGCCCAAAUAAAACUA